ACUAUAAACUCGUGUUUGUGCCGUAAUUGUUUUUCUAAUCAUGCCGGUGGUAAAAAUGUCCACACGUGUGUCCUGUGGCAGAGACUUUCAUUGCUGUCCAAACAUUAAUGAUACGUUAGAUCAGGCUUGCAAGUCUGGAUUUGAUUUUGUAUGUUUUCCCAUUGUCAACCCUCGUUACAAGAGAGAAUUCAUCCAUGGACCUGCCAAGAACAGACCAGGAGCCAUUACUAGAUCUGACAUGCUUCUCACAGGACAAGACUGGAAUUCAUUGGUUGUUGGAAAGAUAUCUCCAUGGCUACAACCAGAUUCUCGAGUUGACGUGAUUAGAAAGAACUCAGAGGCUGCUUUAAGACAGGAGUUAACUUUUGCUAGUCACUUAGCUAUACCGUCUGUACUGAUACCACUGAAGAAUGGAAAUAUCACAAAUCUAGCCAGAAUACUGAAUGAACAUCUUGUUAACAGCUAUGCUAAUCAGCAAUACUGGAUCCAUGUCCCAACAAUGUCUCCACGGGACCAGAUUGAUCCAUUGAUUGAGGGUCAGACAGAGGAGAUAGAAAACCCAGAAGACACAUGGACAUGGUGGCACAAAUUCAGGACUCUAUGCGAUUCCCACAAGAGAGUGAGUGUUUGUUUGGAACUAACACCAGAUAUGCCGUCUGUAGAAGUCCAGAAAAGAUGGUUAGCUGAGCCAGUAAAAUCAUGCUCUAUCUCUACCAGUCUAUUCCUCACCAAUAAGAGAGGCUAUCCAGUGUUGACCAGAGCUCAUCAGAUAUUCAUUCUUAUGUUAUUCAAGUUGGAAGUCCAGAUUAUCAUAACAGGUACAAACAGACACCUUGACAAAGGUAUCCACACCUACCAACAGUACCUGGAUCACUUGUUUCAGACCCAGCCACCACCAGAUCCGGUGGCACAGUUUGCUAAAGGAUAUGAGGACUACUUACAGAGCCCAUUACAGCCACUGAUGGACAAUUUGGAAUCACAGACGUAUGAGAUAUUUGAAAAGGAUCCUGUCAAAUAUUCACAAUAUCAGAAGGCUGUGUAUCACGCUUUGUUAGACAAAGUCAAACCUGAAGAAAGAGAUACAAAAGAAAUUGUGUUAAUGGUUGUUGGUGCUGGGCGUGGACCAUUAGUCAGGGCAUCUAUAGCAGCUGCACAACAAGCAGGCAGAAAGGUGAAAAAAAUAUAUGCUGUAGAGAAAAAUCCUAAUGCUGUUAUCACUCUAGAGAAUAUGAAAGAAGAGAUGUGGGGAGACCAAGUGGAAGUUAUAUCAUGUGACAUGAGGAAGUGGGAGGCGCCACAGAAAGCCGACAUUUUAGUGAGUGAAUUACUGGGGUCAUUUGCUGAUAAUGAACUGUCACCAGAAUGUCUUGAUGGAGCACAGCGAUUCCUGAAGGAGGAUGGAAUCAGCAUUCCGUGUGAAUACACUUCAUUCCUAGCGCCAUUACAGUCAGAGAAACUACACAAUGAAGUCAGGAACUGUAAAGAUAAGGAUAAACAACCUGAUCAUUAUUUUGAGAUGCCGUAUGUUGUCAGACUACACAAUUGUCAGGUCCUAGACGAACCAAAGAAAGUUUUUGUCUUCAAACAUCCAAACAAAGAUGAAGUGAUAGACAACACACGACACAUCUGUUUAGACUUUGAUAUACAGAAUGACGCAUUGCUGCAUGGUUUCUCUGGUUAUUUUGAAACUGUACUGUAUGGAGACAUUAAUCUCAGUAUAUUACCAUCUACCCAUUCACAAGGAAUGUUCAGUUGGUUUCCAAUAUAUUUUCCAAUCAAGACGCCAUUGUUUUUGAAGAAAGGUGAUACAGUUUCCGUUGAUAUAUGGAGAUGUGUCAGUGAGAAAAAUGUCUGGUAUGAAUGGGCUAUUACCAAACCCCAAAUCCUACCAAUUCACAAUCCCAAAGGCAGAUCAUAUACCAUUGGUUUAUAGACAUCCCAAGAUCUACACAAUCCAUACACAAUCACUUUGAGAAAAUUGUACUUUUUUAUUUGACAUUUUGUAAAAUAGAUCUGCUAAAAAUAGCAAUGAACAAAGUUUUCCAUUGUUUACAUUUAU